CAAACAUUGAAUAGUUCAUAAUGGAGGGAAUUAAGUUUUACGUAGCAAUACUCUGCUUAAUUGCAUGUGAUGCUUAUGAUAAAGAUGUGUACACAGACGGAUACAAAGUUGAUAAAAAAUAUCCGGAUUCAUAUGAUAAAACUGAAUACCCAGAGGGAUAUAAAGCUUCAAAAAUAAUUAAAGAUGCGUCUGCGAAAAAAGUUUAUUCACCAGUUAAUAAAUCUGGAACAAAGUAUACAACUUCUAAAGGUUGUGGACCUUUUAAUUGCUACUAUGCCUUUGACUGUGGAUUUGCACCGCAGUUAUGCACUGCAAAUUGCCUGAAACAUAAGGGAUGUAAGAAAGGAAAUUGCGUAGACAAUAGUUGGUGUUGCUGCGACGAAUGUCUUGAUUACUAG